ACAUGCAGCCUUUUUUAAAGACUCGUAGGACAUCAGAAGCAAAGUCCUAUUGAUGGAGAACGUCACAGCUCAGCGUGUGACAGAACUUACAUUAACAGGCUUGGACCACCUGCCCAACCAGCAGUUGCUGGGAACUCUGAUCCUCGUUACUUAUCUCUUCAUACUGCUUGGCAGCAGUGCCAACAUAUGUGUGGUGGCAUCAGACAGGCGCCUGUUCACGCCAAUGUACAUAUUAAUCUGCAACCUGGCAGCGGUGGACAUCACUUUCACCACCAGCGCUGGCACCACAUUGAUCGGACUGCUGCUUUUGGGCAUCCGGAACAUCUCGUACCAGGAGUGCAUCUCACGCAUGUUCAUCUACCACAUGGGUGACAUCUGCCUGAGUCUCACCCUCACCUUGAUGGCGGUGGAUCGCAUGGUGGCCAUCAGCAACCCCCUGCGCUACCACAGCAUCCUCACCAACGGGCGGACCCUUGCCUUGAUUGCUUUUACCUGGCUGCUCGCGAUUGUGAUCAUGGGCCUGUUGGUGGGGAUUGUUGACAGCCUCCCCUACUGCCAGCCUCUGCUCAGGUACAGCUUCUGCUCCUACGCCACAUUGGUCCGGGCAGCCUGUGUUGAUCCAGAACCCUACUUCAUCUACACUACAGUAAUGUCCAGCUGGGUGAUUGGCGUGCACCUGCUUCUAAUCCUGGCCACGUAUGUGAAGAUCAUCUAUACCGUGCUCAGGCUGUCAAACAACAAGAGUCGCAAGCAAAUGGUCAACACGUGCGUCAGCCAUGUCAUCGUGGUCACCUGCUACUUCCUGCCCAAGUUCAUCGUCAUCUUGCUGACAAGGGUGGGUGUCACGCUGAACCUGACAGAACGUAACGCUCUGCUCAUAGUCUCCACGUUGCUCCCGUCCUUCAUGAAUCCCACUGUCUAUUGCUUCAAAACAAAGGAAAUAAGGACCCGACUGAUUAAAAUACUGAAGAGAAGCCGCACGAAAGCCAUAAAGUGAAGUUUCAUUCACCUGUUCUUGGCUGUAAAUACAAUUUAAAAUUUGGCUGAUUUAUCUCCUGUUUACAAUAAUAUUGUAUUGGCCAAGUCUCUGACUGAGUGAUUAGUCUACUGUAACUCUGGUCCCCCAUUGAUCCCUGGACUGACCUGUACAGUUAAAUUAAAAAGAAAUUAAGCACAAAAAAUAAUGGCAAUGCAUUUGUGUUCAUCUUCUGCACACAAGAAACAUAAUAAUGCAGAGACUGAACUUAGGCCGAUGACGGGUGUUGCCACAUUAAUUCAUCUGCAAGA